AGCGAGCAGCCACAGAGGAGAGCUGCUGGAUUUCAGAGACAAAGAGAGGAAUGGAGGACCAGACCUCCGACCAGAACCCGGAGCAGCGGAGCAACAAGGUCCCCAGAAGACAAGCAGCAGGCUCGGACUCUGAUACCACCGAUGUUCAGAAACGGAGAAGACAGGGACUCAAAUGUCACCACUGUCAGCACUGUGACAAAUCCUUCACAACAUCAUCAUAUUUAAAGAUUCAUCAGAGAGUUCACACUGGAGAGAAUCUGCACAGCUGUGAUCAAUGUGGGGCAGCUUUCACACGACGGGGUGAAGUUAAAAUCCAUCAACGCACUCACACUGGGGAGAAGCCGUACAGCUGUGAUCAAUGUGGGGCAGCUUUCACACGACAGGAUAGCCUAACAAAACAUCUACGCAGUCACACGGGAGAGAGGCGAUUCUGCUGUGAUCAAUGUGGGAAAACCUUUAGUGAGAGUUGCGGUCUUAUAAAACACCAGCGCAUUCACACUGGAGAGAAGCCGUACAGCUGUGAUCAAUGUGGGGCAGCGUUCACAGAACUUGGUCACCUUAAAUCUCACAAAUACAUUCACACUGGAGAGAAGCUGUACGUCUGUCAAUGUGGAAAAGCUUUCAGAACACUGGGUCCCCUUAAAUGUCACCAACGCACUCACACUGGAGAGAAGCCGUACUGUUGUAAACUAUGUGGGAAAGCUUUUGCUGACAGUGGUACCCUUAAAUGCCACCUGCGCACUCACACAGGAGAGAAGCCAUACAGCUGUGAUCAAUGUGGGAAAGUGUUUUCUCAUAGUAAUGGACUUAAAUAUCACCAGCGCAGUCACGCUGCCUCGUUGUGAACAUGUUUCAGAGCCAAGCUGUUUCCUCCUGCCUCCUCCUCAUACCCUGAUAGCUGUGUUGUUAUAUUCUGAUCUUCUCUCCACAUUGAAGGCUGACCAGCAGUAACUUUAUGUUCAGAGCUUUGCUAUGACUUCAUACUGGCCUGCCCCAACCUCCCCAAAAUCCUGCUGUCGUCACACACUAUGUGGACAUGUUCACACAGAUGUUCACACAUUUCUGCUUGGAAGAAGUGGGUCAGAGCCCGGGAAGCACUUUCUGAUUUAGUGUGUUUUAUGAUUUCUGAUCAAUUUGGAUGUUUCAUUCAUUUAUUUUAGUUAAAGUCAUAGCGCCCCCUAGUGGCAACAGGAAAUAGACCUAA